UCUUCACCCAUGCUGCUGGAAUUACACAAUCAACUGGUUGACUAUUAAAACCCCAAGAAGCAAAAAUCAAGAUGUAAAUUUGGAGAACAACUCUGUAGUCGAGCAGCUCCCAACCAUUGAGUUUCCACACAUGUCUGGCAGUUUAAAACGGAUGAAGAGGGAAUGGGUUAUUCCAGCAAUUGACUAUCCAGAAAAUGACAGGGGUCCAUAUCCCAAAGCCAUGGUGAAGAUCAAGUCAAGCAAAAGCCAAAAGGUGGCGAUAACCUACAAGAUCAGUGGACCAGGAGCUGAUCAGCCCCCUGAAGGUCUUUUCACUCUUGAUCGGCGAUCAGGAGUGCUGUAUGUGACCCAGGCACUGGAUAGGGAGAAGACAGCUGAAUACAAGCUGUUGGCUCAUGCACUAAUUGAAAGCAUUAAGGCUGAGGAGCCCAUGGAGGUCAUUAUCAACGUCAUUGACCAGAAUGACAACGCUCCAGAAUUUACACAGAACCCUUUCUAUGGUGGAGUGAGUGAAAGCGCCGACAUUGGUGACUCCAUCAUAAAGGUAACAGCAGUGGAUAAAGAUGACCCGCUGACAAACAAUGCUAUAAUAAGGUAUACGAUUAAGGCUCAGACACCUCAAACACAAGAGAACAUGUUUGCUAUAAACCCAGUGAGUGGAAUGAUCAGCGUUGUGACAGAAGGACUGGACAGAGAGAUUCAGCCCGAAUACAAGCUUAUCAUCGAAGCUGCCGAUAUGGAGGGAAAUGGGCUGAUAGCCACCUGCACUGCUAUCAUUACUGUAACUGACAGCAAUGAUAAUGCUCCAUUAUUCACCAUCUCAUAUAUGUCCACAUCAGUCCCUGAGAAUGAGGCUGGAGUGGAGGUAAUGAGACUAAAAGUAACUGACAAGGAUGAGUUAGGAACUCCGACUACCAACACCAAAUACUCAAUAAUUAAAGGCAACGAGAAGGGAUAUUUCAACAUCACCACAGGCUCCAAUAAAAUGGAGGGAAUCCUCAAAACAGCCAAGGAGCUGGAUUUUGAGAGCAUCCCGGUCUUUACUCUGCUGGUGGUGGUGACAAAUGAGGUGCAAUUUUCUGGACCGGUGUCGACCUCGACAGCCACAGUCUCUGUAACAGUCGUGGACAAGAACGAGCCUCCUGUUUUUAGUCCAGCAGAGAUCCUUGUUAGAGUCUUAGAAGAUGUGGAAAUAGGGAGCUCUGUGGCCAACCUCAGAGCUAAGGACCCAGACACAGAGAGGAAACAGAGCAUCAGAUAUGAACUACAUAAUGACAUUGUCAGGUGGCUGAGUAUUGAUAAAGACACAGGAUCAGUCAAAGUUAAAAGCAGCAUGGACAGAGAGUCACACUAUGUCAAAGACAGCAAAUACACAGUCCUAGUUUUGGCUUACGACAAUGAUAUUGUCCCAGCUACAGGGACUGGAACUCUGGUUGUGAAUUUGUUAGAUGUGAAUGACCAUCGUCCUGUGAUCAAACAGAGGAAAAUCACUCUAUGCAAUCGUGACCCCUUUCCUGCCCAGCUUGAUAUAGUGGACCUUGAUGGACCAGGUCACUCUGGACCGUUUACUGUGGAGCUUCAAGGAGAGCACAAGAACAACUGGACUAUUAGCACCAAUUCCACAAGCAACAUGGCAGCCCUAGCCCCUAAACGGGAGUUGACACCAAGAGUCUAUAAUGUGCUCUUUCGUAUCUAUGAUGUUGGCAUGCUUUAUCAAGACAGCACUCUGGAGGUAGAAGUGUGCCAUUGUCAAGGGGCUGUCUCUACCUGCUUCAUCCCAUAUUCUGCCCCUCGUCUGCUCACUUCUUCUCUCGCAACCUCAGUUCUUGGAGCAAUCUUUGGUCUACUGCUACUGCUCUUGCUGCUGCUGUUGUUGCUGAGAAGGAGGGGAAGGUUUGAGAAGAAUGUUCCUCUUCUUGAAGUCAUACCCAGAGAUAAUAUCCUCUACUAUGAUGAGGAGGGAGGAGGUGAAGAGGACCAGGAGUAUGACCUGAGCCAGCUCCACAGAGGGAUCGAUAACCGUCCUGAAGUCCUCUGUACUGAAGUGUUUCCUAUUGUCCAGAGCCGCCCAUGCUACCGCCUGAAGCUCCAAGUCAAUGAAGAGAUUGGAAAAUUCCUUGAGGAUAACCUGCAUGCUGCAGACAGUGACCCCACAGCUCCUCCUUACGACUGUCUUCUGGUCUUUGACUAUGAGGGCGGUGACUCAGAGGUGAGUUCUCUCAGUUCAAUUGACUCCUCAGACUCGGAUGAAGAGCAGGACUUUGAGAGCCCGCAGCACUGGGGACCAUGUUUCAGAAGACUGGCUGACCUGUACAUUGGUGGGAUAGAGGAGGAUGAUGACACAGAAACACUGCCUGGAAAAACAGAAUGGGUCUGACACGAUCUUAUGUAUUUAUAGAUCCUCCAAAUUUAUGUCCUUCUGCCCAAGGGCUUCAGAGUGUAGUGUGACCUCUUUCUGCUGCUUUUUUAGACUGGGUUUAGAUUGUUGUCUCUGUUCAUGUGUCUUUUGUAGCUUUCCUGGCUUGUUGGAAUCCGUGGGUAAAUUAUGACAUUAACAAGCUAAAUGAUAUUCAAAAGUAUGCAUAUCUCAAGCUUACUGAAUAUCAAAUGUUCCAUACAUAAUUGUCUACCUGAUGUCAGACUAUUGUUACACUUAUUUUAAGCCAAAAAUCUGAUUGCACACAUAAAACACAUCAGUUAAUCUGAUCAUGAUGAGCAACAACAGCUUCACUCACUAAUUUAACUGGAAUUUUAAGUUAUGGCUUAUAUGAAGGAAAAGUUUCAUGAAGGUAAAAGUGGAUGAUAUUUAAAAUGAUAUUGGUUACUGUGUUUAUAGCGUAUAGCUUACUGUAUUGGCAGGCCUGGAGUUCAGAGGGCACUUACAUUAGACUCCACCACAGCACAUGUGAAGAAAUGAUCAAUAAGUUUAGAAUGCUGAUACCAUUAAAAUUUGUAAAAAUGUGUUUGAAGACUGUUGCAUUCUAUUAAAGACUCAAUGAAACCCUCUUAUAUUAGAAUACUAGUCUUUUUGUGAUCAGAAUAUUACCCAUGGAGUUCCUCAUGGCUCGAUCAUUGGUCCUCUCCUAUUUUCAGUUUUUAUGCUUCAUUUUGUUCAUAUUAAGUCCAGUAUCUUUUCCUAUGUUACAUAUGUAAACAAGACUGAUUCUAUAUAUUUUCCCUUUAAAUGUGAAUGGCUCUGAGGGUCUUGGGACUUUCUUUAUCAUAUUUUAUA